CUCCUUCUCACCACCACUUAGCCUCUCCCUCCUCCUUCCCUGGUUUCCCUCCGUCAAAAUGGCCGACGUUAAGAAGGCGAAGACUCCUAAGGAGUUCGCAAUCGAUUUCAUGAUGGGUGGUGUCUCUGCCGCCGUCGCUAAAACGUCUGCUGCUCCAAUUGAGCGUAUCAAGCUCUUGGUGCAGAACCAGGACGAGAUGAUCAAGCAAGGCCGUCUGGCCACUCCUUACAAGGGUGUUGCGGACUGCUUUGGCCGCACCUACCGUGACGAGGGUCUCCUCUCUCUCUGGCGUGGUAACACCGCCAACGUCAUCCGUUACUUCCCUACUCAGGCGUUGAACUUCGCAUUCAAGGAUUACUUUAAGUCGUUGUUCGGUUUCAAGAAGUCUGAGGGCUACUGGAGAUGGUUCGCUGGUAAUGUCGCCUCUGGUGGUGCUGCUGGCGCUUCUUCCCUCCUCUUCGUCUACUCCCUCGACUAUGCCCGUACCCGUCUCGCAAACGACGCCAAGUCCGUGAAGGGUGGAGGUCAACGUCAGUUCAACGGUCUCGUCGAUGUUUACAAGAAGACCCUUGCCUCUGACGGUAUUGCUGGUCUCUACCGUGGCUUCGUUCCCUCCGUCGUUGGUAUUAUCGUCUACCGCGGCCUCUACUUCGGUGUCUACGACUCGCUCAAGCCUGUUGUUCUCGUUGGCGCCCUCGAGGGUUCCUUCCUUGCUUCCUUCUUCCUCGGCUGGGGUGUUACCAUUGGUGCUGGUCUUGCUUCUUACCCUCUCGACACCAUUCGUCGUCGCAUGAUGAUGACCUCUGGUGCUGGUGUUCACUACAAGUCCAUGUUCGAUGCUGGCUCUCAGAUCAUUGCCAAGGAGGGUUACAAGUCGCUCUUCAAGGGUGCUGGUGCCAACAUUCUCCGUGGUGUUGCUGGUGCUGGUGUCCUGUCGCUCUACGACAAACUUCAGCAGGUUGUCUUCGGCAAGGUCUACUCUGGUGGAUCUGGCUAAAUAUCUCGCUUUGGAUGUUGGACUUGAUACUUCGUACUCGCCCUCUAGUACCGUCGUCUAUUUUGCACGCUACACGAUACUCCACAAUAGACUAUGUGGUUUACUCUCGUUAUCCGCUUUUAAUAGAUCCGGAGACAUUAAACAA